AUGGAAAGAUUCGGUGUUUUUGAUAAAAAUUCUAUAGAAAAGGCUGUAAAAUCUUUGGUACCCACGAAUACGGUGCGAAGUAAAAAUAGUAUCUGGGCUCAAUUUACCCAAUUUUGUACAGUGCGUAAGUAUACAUUAGAUGCACAUACAUCAGAAGGUGAAUUAAACAAUAUUUUGAAAGACUGGGCAUGGAAUAUGAAGAAAACCAAUGGAGAAGAAUAUAAAGAAUACACAUUAAAAUUUGCAGCUAGACUAGUUGUUGCCAAUCGGUUUUUUUGCUAUGAUUUUGUGAUUACCAUGGACUUUCAAAGACAUUGUUAUAUCGGCGGAGGACAAUUGUCUUCUUGGAAAUAUACUCAGUUUGGUAAUCCUGAUAGUGGAAACAAAUCGAAACGUCACAGACAGAAAUUUCUUCGCGAUGAGAUGCAUGCUUCACAACAUCAGCAUAUAAAAGUUAAUUUAAUAAUGCGUCGCUACCACAAACGGAAGCAGAGGCACGACAACAUUCGUUCCGAACCUAUCACUAGUUUUAUCAGUGGUAUGGAAAUGAACAAAAUUAAGAGCGAUAGGGAUGAAAAAGAAACAAGAACGGAAUUGGAAGAGGAAUUGGCCUCUGACAAUACUCGAGUCCUCAGCUCCGGAAUGCUUGUUAAAAGUUAUUUCUUGCAAAUUCAAAAAGAUAUGUCAGAAAGCCUGUAG